AUGAAGUUGAAAAAUCCUUUGCAUGGCGUGGUGUGGAAGUUGUUAAUGGUGAACGCCUUAUCAUGUGGUCUGGAGGCCUGCAUGGCUGCAGGAACUGUGUACAUCCCACCUCUAUUGCUGCAAGCCGGCAUGGAGGAACGCUACAUGACUAUGGUCCUGGCGGUGGGCCCAGUUCUGGGUUUGAUCUUUGUACCCAUGAUUGGCUCAGCUAGCGAUUCGCUGCAAAGCCAUUUUGGUCGACGCCGGCCGUUUAUCUGGAUGCUCAGCCUGGGAGUUGUACUAAGCCUGCAAAUCAUACCACAGGCCUGGCACCUAGCUGUGCUGAUGUCCCCACAGCACCCAUACUGGCUGGAAGCUGCCCUGCAGGCCGGAGCCGUGUGUCUGAUGGACUUCUGCGGACAUGCCUGUCUGACUCUUGUGGUGGCACUGCUGUCAGACCUGUUCCCCGCAGAGGAGGAGAACCGCAGAGCAUUCUCAGUUAACUCCCUGAUGACUAGCCUGGGGGGAUGCCUGGGGUUCUUCCUCCCUGCCGUGGACUGGAGUCAAGCACCCAUAGCAUCAUACCUGGGUGGACAGGAGGCCUUUGUCUGCACACUGCUAACAUUCCUAUUCAUCUGCUGCCUCAUCACCACUGUCUUUAUCCCAGAGGAGGCACAAACCAGAGGAGGAGAGAGGAAGCUUGUCACCCAUAACCCUUUGAGAAGAUGGAUCACCAGAUACUGCCCUCGCUCCUGUCUGCCCCAGCCUCAGUGUGUCCUUGUUGCCCUGGGCAGAUGUGUAUCAGCAUAUGUGUCGGUGUUACCUCGUGUGUAUGCAGAGUGUGUGUGUGUGCCAGCGGUCAUAUGGAGACUGUUUGUGGCGGAGACCUGUAGCUGGAUGGCGCUCAUGAGUGUCAUGUUCUUCUUUGCUGACUUUAUGGGGGAGGCCCUGUACCAGGGAGUGCCGAGUGCAGAGCCACAGUCACAGGAAAGAAGACGCUAUGAUGAAGGUGUGCGUAUGGCCAGUAUGGGUCUCUUUCUGCAGAAUGUUGUGUCAAUGCUGUGCUCCGUGCUUAUGGACUUCUGGGUUGCUCUGCUGGGAGCCAGGGUGGUGUACAUCAGCGGUGUAGCUCUGUUGGUGUUUGCCACCACCGUCAUGAGUGUCUCAGAAAGUGUGAUAACGGUCACUGUGAUGGCGGCUGUGACAGGAUACACACUCUGCGUUCUUCAGGUCCUGCCAUACACCCUGCUGUGUCUCUAUCACUCAAAUACACAAGCUUUUUUCACUUCAUCCAAGCCCAGAGUUCCUCCGCUCAGCGAAAGUGAUGGCGCAGUCACUCCUUAUGCUCAAGGCCACACAGGGGGACUGACUGGACUGUCUUUACCCAGGGCAGAGCCCUCUGUCGGAUCACCUCAUGUUUCACUGUUUGUUAGUGGGGCUGACAGAGGUGACACAAACUGCACACCAGUCUCGCAGAGGGGGAUAUGUUUUGACAUGGCAAUACUGGAUAGCGCCUACCUGCUCUCACAGGUGCUGCCAGCAAUGUGCCUUGGGUCGAUAGUGCAGCUGGCUAACAGUGUGAGGGCGUACAUGGCCUCCGCCUGCUGCUUCAGCCUGCUAGCUUUUCUCUGCUCUACCAGGGUUGUCUACAGCCACAAUGACCUCCAACGCUGA